AUAAAGGUUUCUUGUCUCGCGGGAGCGCGUCUAGCAGACGGGUUCUCGAGCGGCCCUGGAGGGGGAAGAGGAGUUGCAUGUAUCGCCUUGGCUGGCGGUAGCGGAGGCGGCGGAGGCUCUGCGACCGCCUGGGUUUGUGAGAUGGCUGCAGACAUUUCUGAGUCCAGUGGGUCUGAUUGUAAGGGAGAGGUGAGGAGCAGUGCCAAGUUAGAUGCUGAUUACCCACUUCGAGUCCUUUAUUGUGGAGUCUGUUCAUUACCAACAGAGUACUGUGAAUAUAUGCCUGAUGUUGCUAAAUGUAGGCAAUGGUUAGAGAAGAAUUUUCCAAAUGAGUUUGCAAAACUUAGCGUAGAAAAUUCACCCAGACAAGAAGCUGGAACUAGUGAGGGUCAAGGAACAGCAGGGGAAGAGGAAGAGAAGAAAAAACAAAAGAGAGGUGGAAGGGGUCAAAUAAAACAAAAAAAGAAGACCGUACCACAGAAGGUUACGAUAGCCAAAAUUCCCAGAGCAAAGAAGAAAUAUGUAACAAGAGUGUGUGGCCUUGCAACUUUUGAAAUUGAUCUUAAAGAAGCACAAAGGUUUUUUGCUCAGAAAUUCUCCUGUGGUGCCUCAGUAACAGGGGAGGAUGAAAUCAUUAUUCAGGGAGACUUCACAGAUGACAUAAUUGAUGUCAUUCAGGAGAAAUGGCCAGAGGUGGAUGAUGACAGCAUCGAAGAUCUUGGAGAAGUAAAGAAGUGAUUUUGAAAACUUUUCUGUAUUUAAUGAUCUGAACUGAGAGUUGAUAUGGCCAAAGGGAGGGAGGCCUUUUAAAAAUAUAUAUAUAUAUAUUUAUCCUACAGUAAAACUGUAGACCACUCUUGUCCUUGGCAUAUUUUCACUGUUCUGUACAAGGCUGCUUGUUUUUUUUAUUGCCAAAGUUUAAUAAACAGGGGAGACUCUCAUGCUUACGCAUGAAAUAGAACUUAGUCAAAUAAAAGAAUUUGAUCAUUUGGUA